UUCUCCCGCACUUUGACAUAUGCGCAUGCGCCAUCGUGUGACCGCGCUGUUCCUUUUGCUGGAGACGUUUGAAAGCUGGCACGGCGAGCACGAGCGUGCAGUUGGUGUCUCCUAGUGCUACAUCGCAUACUGACAAAACAGUCACAGUGACGUAGCAACCAUGGAACUGAAUGAUGCAAACCUACAAACUCUCACAGAAUUUCUCAGAAAAACACUGGACCCAGACCCAACUGUCAGACGCCCAGCUGAGAAGUUCCUUGAAUCCGUGGAGGGAAACCAGAACUACCCGUUAUUACUUCUCACUUUGCUUGAAAAGUCCCAAGACAACGUUAUUCGGGUCUGCGCUGCUGUUACAUUCAAAAACUACAUCAAAAGGAACUGGCGCAUUGUUGAAGAUGAGCCAAACAAAAUUUCAGAACAAGACAGAACCACAGUCAAAGCAAACAUUGUUAAUCUGAUGCUAAGCAGUCCAGAACAGAUUCAGAAGCAGUUGAGUGAUGCAAUAAGCAUCAUUGGGCGAGAAGACUUCCCUCAAAAAUGGCCUGACCUUCUAACAGAGAUGGUGACCCGGUUCAGAAGUGGAGACUUCCAUAUUAUCAAUGGAGUGCUCCGCACUGCCCACUCUCUCUUCAAGAGGUAUCGCCAUGAAUUUAAGUCAAAUGAGCUUUGGUUGGAGAUCAAACUAGUUCUCGAAACAUUUGCCUUACCGCUGACUGAGUUGUUCAAGGCCACCAUUGAGUUGUGUCAGACUCAUGCUACUGAUAUCAAUGCAUUGAAAGUCCUCUUCUCCUCGCUGACACUGAUCUCCAAGCUUUUCUACAGUCUUAACUUUCAGGACCUUCCUGAGUUUUUUGAAGAUAACAUGGAAACCUGGAUGACCAAUUUCCAUGCGCUUCUGACUUUGGACAAUAAACUUUUACAAACAGAUGAUGAGGAGGAAGCAGGUCUCUUGGAGCUCCUUAAGUCACAAAUCUGUGACAAUGCUGCACUUUAUGCACAGAAGUAUGACGAAGAGUUUCAGCCAUAUCUUCCUCGUUUUGUCACUGCUAUCUGGAACCUCUUAGUUUCCACUGGGCAGGAAGUUAAAUACGACCUGCUUGUGAGCAAUGCCAUCCAGUUUUUGGCAUCGGUCUGUGAAAGACCACACUACAAAAAUCUAUUUGAGGAUCAGAAUACACUCACUAGCAUUUGUGAGAAGGUCAUUGUGCCCAAUAUGGAGUUCAGAAGUGCAGACGAGGAGGCUUUUGAAGAUAACUCUGAAGAAUAUAUACGGAGGGACCUUGAAGGCUCUGACAUCGACACUCGACGUAGGGCAGCCUGUGACUUAGUAAGAGGCCUGUGUAAAUUUUUCGAAGGCCCAGUCACAGCCAUCUUCUCUGGGUAUGUGAACUCAAUGCUGGCAGAGUACGCGAAGAACCCUUGUGCAAACUGGAAGCACAAAGAUGCCGCCAUCUAUUUAGUCACAUCACUAGCAUCGAAAGCACAGACACAGAAGCAUGGAAUUACACAAGCCAAUGAAUUGGUGAAUUUGACAGAGUUUUUUGUGAAUCACAUUCUCACAGAUCUAAAAUCUGCUAACGUCAAUGAAUUCCCAGUGUUGAAGGCAGACGCUAUCAAGUAUGUGAUGAUAUUUAGAAGCCAGCUUCCUAAGGAGCAACUGCUGCAGGCUGUUCCUCUCUUGAUCUCUCACUUGCAGGCAGAAAGUACUGUGGAACACACAUAUGCUGCCCAUGCUUUGGAGAGGCUGUUUACGAUGAGGGGCCCAAACAAUACAACACUUAUCACUGCUGUGGAGAUGGCGCCUUUUACUGACAUGCUCCUCACCAACCUGUUCAAGGCAAUGACACUUCCUGGUUCAUCCGAAAACGAAUACAUCAUGAAAGCCAUCAUGCGAAGCUUCUCACUGCUCCAGGAAUCAAUCGUUCCUUACAUUCCCACUUUAAUUGAUCAACUCACUCAGAAGCUCCUUUUAGUCAGCAAGAACCCUAGUAAGCCGCACUUUAACCACUACCUGUUCGAGUCCCUCUGUCUGUCUGUCCGGAUCACCUGCAAGGCUAACCCCACCACUGUUGGCAGCUUUGAGGAAGCUCUCUUCCCUGUUUUCACAGAGAUUCUCCAGAAUGAUGUCCAAGAGUUUCUCCCCUAUGUAUUUCAAGUAAUGUCUCUCCUCCUGGAGAUUCAUUCCAACUCAAUUCCCUCUUCCUACAUGGCUUUAUUCCCUCACCUACUGCAGCCUGUGCUGUGGGAGCGCACGGGCAACAUCCCCCCUCUGGUGCGCCUGCUUCAGGCCUACAUGCAAAAAGGGGGAGCCACUAUUGCUUUAUCUGCUGCUGAUAAGAUACCUGGACUGCUCGGUGUUUUCCAAAAGCUUAUUGCCUCCAAGGCAAAUGACCACCAAGGAUUUUACUUGCUCAACAGCAUCAUCGAGCACAUGCCCCCAGAAUCCCUCAUUCAGUACAGGAAGCAGAUAUUCAUUUUGCUUUUCCAGAGACUCCAAAGCUCCAAAACCACAAAGUUUAUCAAAAGUUUCUUGGUAUUUGUCAAUUUGUAUUGUGUCAAGUAUGGCGCUAUUGCACUCCAGGAGAUUUUUGACAGCAUCCAGGCAAAAAUGUUCGGUAUGGUCUUGGAGAAAAUUGUUAUUCCAGAGGUUCAAAAGGUGUCUGGAACAGUUGAGAAAAAGAUCUGUGCCGUUGGUAUCACGAAGGUACUCACUGAAUGUCCUGCUAUGAUGGAUACGGAGUACACUAAGCUCUGGACCCCGCUGCUCCAGGCCCUCAUUGGUCUCUUUGAGCUGCCCGAGGAUGACAGCAUCCCGGAUGAUGAGCAUUUCAUUGACAUUGAAGACACACCUGGCUAUCAGACUGCGUUCUCACAGCUGGCCUUCGCGGGAAAGAAGGAAUACGACCCCAUCGGAGAUGCUGUUGGCAAUCCUAAAAUAUUGUUGGCCCAUUCGCUCCACAAGCUUUCUACAGCCUGUCCAGGAAGGGUUCCAUCAAUGCUGAGUAGUAGUAUGAAUACUGAGGCCCUCCAGUUUCUGCAGACUUAUCUACAGGGAGCCAACGUGCAACUUGUCUGAAAGACGAUGCUGUUCACUUCAAAAGGAUGCCGUAAUGUAUACACGCUCUACUACCAUCAAAAAAACGGAAUCCCCCACUGAGGUAAUCAUUGACCACUUAGGGUUUUCUCUUGAAGGCGAUGAUUAGGUUUUACGUGUUUUAAAGACCAUGACCAAAUGGUAGUUUAACACAUUUACAGUUUUGUUUUUUGAGCUCUUGCCGUUUGUUGUGAAACAAAAGUUGGAAGAAAGAAGCAAAAAUCCAUCAUUCACUUUUUCCAACAACAGCUCUAGCAAAAGACGAUGAACAUAUUGGAAUUUAUCUAGGCUUUUUUUUUUUUUUUUUAAUGUUUUUGUGUUGCAUGUUUGCUGGAGCUUUGUUCAUGUGUAGGCUGUUUUGAAAAUUUUCAUGUGAAUAAAAAGAGGCACUUGUA